AUGGCGGGCUGGUUCGCAUCCACCAACUCCGCGCUCGACGAGCAAGUCGACCGCGCAACAGCAUCGAGCUUAGAAGACAUAGCACUGAACCUAGAGAUAUCAGAUAUCAUUCGAUCCAAGACGGUGCAGCCUAAGGAGGCUAUGCGCUCUCUAAAACGGCGUAUCGGCCACAAGAACCCGAACAUACAGCUUGCUGCGCUGAAUCUCACAGACACAUGCGUCAAAAAUGGCGGCUCACAUUUCAUGGCGGAGAUAGCGUCCCGCGAGUUUAUGGACAACCUGGUCUCUCUAGUAAAAGUGUACGGGGGAAACGAAGAUGUCAGGAACAAGAUUCUGGAGUUAAUUCAGACCUGGGCAGCUGGUGCUGAAGGGCGGAGUAAUCUCAUGUACAUCAACGAGGUAUACCGAUCCUUGCUGCGGGAAGGCUUCAGGUUCCCCCCGAAACAGGAUGUUGCUAGCAGUAUGUUCGACAGUAGUGCGCCGCCAGAGUGGACAGAUUCUGACGUGUGCCUACGAUGUCGAACGCCGUUCACUUUCACCAACCGAAAACACCACUGCCGAAACUGCGGUGGCGUCUUCUGCGGCUCGUGCUCCAGCAAAAAUAUCCCACUACCACAUCUCGGAAUCUUGGCGCCAGUGCGCGUAGACGACGGGUGUUAUUCUAAGCUUACUGAUAAAACCCGUGCAACCCCGGUACCGAAGGGCUUCGAUGCGGCUAAGCCGGCGCGGACACUCUACCAAGGAUACCAAGGGUCAAUGGAACCCCGGAGUGCGAGGGUGGAGGACAGCUUCGACGCCGACCUCAAACGGGCAUUGGAAAUGAGCUUGGAAGAAGCAAAAGGACAUUCUGGUGGAUAUGUCCCGCAGUCGCAGCUCCAAUCCCAGGCGAAGUCUCCGGCGCCAGUCGCAAACGGAUCAUCGAAACCAUCGAAGGCCAAGCAAGAGGAGGAUGACGAUCCCGAGUUGAAGGCAGCUAUAGCGGCUUCACUGGCGGACAUGGAGGAGCAGAAGAAGAAGCACGCAGCGGCGCUCAAACAGCAAUCAUCGUCUUCGAAUGGAGCACCUCUCCCUGUGCCGCGGCGUAAUGACUACGAGCUGACACCAGUGGAGGCCGAAAACAUAAACCUCUUCUCUACGCUUGUAGACCGGUUACAACACCAGCCGCCCGGUACCAUUUUACGGGAGCCACAGAUUCAGGAGCUCUACGAGAGCAUAGGCAAGCUCAGGCCGAAGCUAGCAAGGACGUACGGUGAAACAAUGAGCAAGCACGAUACUCUCUUGGACCUCCACGCCAAGCUCUCCACUGUUGUCCGCUAUUACGACCGCAUGUUAGAAGAGCGACUAUCAAGUACAUACUCGCAACAAGCGGCCGCGUACGGCUACCCUAGCAUGCAGCGACCAGCCUCCAGCCUCUACCCGAGCAUACCUUCCGGAGCACCAGAUGGCAAUGCAGGAGCCGAGAGCUACUAUACCGGGAACGCUGCUCCAUCAGAUCCGUAUGCGCAUCCUCAGUCUACUUAUGGUGGAUACACGCAACAGCCACAGUCACCUUACAUGCGGCACGACAAGCAGCCGGCAGCCUACAGUGCUAGGGCCCCAGUACAACAGUAUCAGCAACAGGGCUACCCCGCCCAAGCGCCCUACCCCAAUACGCCGGCUCCACAUCAGCUGCAGAGGCAGCCAAGCGCACCAUACCCAUCAGCGCCUUCCAUAGAUGGCUCACCACAGCUCCAGCGACGGACAUCUUCUUCACAAUACCCCUCACAACUACCGCCGCAGUACGCGGCAUCACAGACGCCAUCGCAGUACGCACCAUCUCAGCCCCCGAUACCAGACGACCCGAACGCGGCAUACUACUACGGCAACCAGCCCGAAGCCCAGCUCGCCGCACCACCAGCACAGCAGCAGGCCCCCGCAGAGGCUCAAAUCCCCCAAGCACCUCAGGCUUAUCCCGCCCAGCCUCCACAACAACAGCCCUCACAGCCGUCCCCAGAACUAUACCAACGCCUGCCUCAACAGCAGCAGCAACAUCAACCGCCGGCGCAAGCGCAAUUGCAACAGCAACAGCAGGCACCAACAUACUACCAACCACAGCAACAACCACAGCCGCAGCAACAGUGGCCGCAAGCACCUUCGACGCAGGCGGGCUAUGGACAGGAAGCUUUCCCAGUGGCGCCGCAGCAUCAGCCGCAGGCGCCGAAAGUGGAGGAGGCGCUGAUCGAGUUGUAG